CCAUCGACGCAGCCCUAAACUUCACGUCGUUGUAGUUCUUCAUCGUUGGAAAAUUACUUAAGUGGUGUAAGUUUACGGGGUUUCGCGCUAAAUGUGGAGUAAAAGUGAGCUUUAGCAUGGAACUGCUCGAUUCGGAUAGAUUUGGUGAAAGUUUCCACGAUAUUUUCGUGCAAAAUCUUGCAAACAGGAAAGUGAAAGAUGACAAAAUAAAACGGAAAGACCAUACGAAUAAGGAUGGAGAGCUGCUAUCUCCGUGGAUCGAAAUCACACCGAAUGCAUCCAAGUUCGCGGUUUACAAUGCGAUUCGCUCGAUUGUGUUGGAGGUGGAGACGAAAAAUUCAAAAUUUGCUUCUACCGGAGGACCGUUGGGUAAACCAAACAAACCGUUCUGCUAUCAUCAAAAUGGCUCUGGAAAUGACAAUGAACAAAACUGCUUAUCGUGCAAGGAAAAGGCCAAAGAUCUGAACUCGUUCAAGGAAGCGGAUAUUCCGGAAUUUGAUUUCGAAGAGAACUUUGAUAACGAUGAAUCGGUCCCGUGCAAUGUUCCCAAGAUUGUCGGCGCUGGUUUGGAGAGUUUGUUCGAAAUCAUAUCAGAAACCCGGACUGAACAUCCAAGGAUUUGUACAAAGGCAUUAAAAUCACUGUAUGAUAUUAUUCAAGGUCAAGAUCCCGAAAGCUUUCGUAAUGAACCUGAAAAGCUAUUCGGUUCGCUGUAUGAUAUUUUGCUGGAGCUGGCCACUAUGCAUAACCAACCGCCUCCAAACAUGGGUCUGCACCAAAAGGACACCAAUUGGUCAUCAAUUAGUUGCUCAACCCUUUUAGCUCUGUGCACCGUGCAUGGAGACACUGGCAAGAUUCUGAAAGCAGUUACAUCAAUUUUGAUGUCACCGAAGAUACUUUCCGGGCAGAUGAUUCAGUUACCACAAAGCAUAAUUAAACUGCAACGUAGCGUCCAGUCUGUAGCGCUGGGAAAAUUAAGCAUUCCAGAUUACUAUACGUAUGGAAUCUCUCAGAAUAGCUUGAUAGAUUAUUUCAAUAUAAAAGAUUACAUGUUUGUCGAGAAAGUUUUCUCACCAAACUGUAUCACCUCUGAUGGUAAAUUUAUCUACAUACUGAUAUCAAAAUCGCUGGUUAAAAUAGGUUCCGGAUUCAACGGAACCGUGCCCGGCUUCAUAUAUGGAAUUGCUAAAGAUUUCGGUAAAGAACGUAACGAAUGGAUCGGGUAUUGCAACAACAAACUGUUCUACAAGAAACUUUCGAAGCGUACCAUGGACAGUCUACUCGUGGUAGAUACCGAAACACUGCAGAUAACAGGUUCAAUGCAAACGCAAGCUUCUGUAUCUAUGAAAGAUGGAAAUAACUGUUUGCUGUUUUCGGACGGAGAAUCCAUCUGCAGUAUUUGUACCACAUCUGGCAGCGAUAAUCUUCUUGUCAAGCAACUAUAUUCGAAGAACUCGUUCGCGUUCGAUCUCAACUUAAAAUUAGCCAAAAAUGGUUUCUACACCUUAGGAUAUUCCUUGUUCGAAGAGGAGAUUCUCAGUGAGAACCAGCUCAAGAAAAUACAAAGCACAAGCAAUGGAUUUAUUCCAACGCUUCCCAACGAGGUCAAUCUCAACGGCAUAUCCUGCGGAAAAGAGUUUGGACUUGUCGUGGGAAGCAACGGCAAGGUGUAUUACUACGGCAAAGGAAGCAGUCUUGGGUUGAAGGCCGUUGGGAAGAAUCCCAGCUUGAAGCUUAACGAGAUCGUCAUUUCUAAAGCAACUAAUUUUACCCAAGUUUUUGUCGGUCACGAUGGCAUUCAUGCACUGCUGCUGAACGAAGAUGGAACGGUUUUCUUCGCCGGAACGGCUCGCAGGGGAGAAGAUGGCGAGCAGUCCAAGAAUCGUCGCCAGCUGAAAGCGGUUAAGCCGAAAAAGAUAAGUAAAAUCGACGGAUACUUUAUCAUGAACAUCUCGUGCAACAAUGGGACGUCGGCAUUCGUUACCAAGGACGGAAAGCUGAUCAUGUUUGGGAAGGACACCAACUACUGUGACUCGUCCGGUAUUGUAACCGGACUAAGCGAUGCUCAGAUCGUAAAGGUUGCACUCGGUAAAGCGCAUUGUGUCGCUUUGGACGCCAAAGGACAGCUGUACACGUUUGGGUUGAACAACAAGGGUCAAUGCGGACGGAAAUUCAUCAAGGAUCGUAGCGAGGAUACUUUUGAUCCCAAACCUGCAACAAAGGCGUCAUUCAAACCGAUGUGCUCAAUCGACGAGCACAACAUUGUUGAUGGCAAGUGUAGGAUCUGCAACGUUUGCCGUGAAUGCACCGGCUACAACACGGCAUGUGUUUCCACCAAGAAAACAUUCGUCAACGAGCGAGUUCCGGGAAUGCCAUGCUCUUGCGGUCACGGCAGUGCUGGAUGCUCAAAAUGUGGAAGUUGCAGCACUUGCGUUGCUUCGCAGGAGAAUGGCUCUCUUUCGAUUGAAAACAACUCUGAAGCUCAAACAAUCCUUGAAAAGGCCAAAGAGGCGCUUCACAAAAAGUACGACAACUUGCGGCACGCGGAUGAGGCGAACCAGUUUUCCGAUCCGGACACGCCCCGUGUGGUGCCGGUUCCUCCGCAGCGGGUAGAACUACCCACAAAGAGUCCCAUCGUGCAGAUCAGCUGUGGGCUUCACCAUACCGUCGUGCUAACGCUCUCCGGUGAGGUGUUCACCUUCGGCAGUAAUCAGUACGGUCAGCUUGGAACCGGCGACCUGCAGCCAAUUUCCGGAGCACAUUUGGUAAAGAUCCCGCACAUGGUCAGCCAGGUCGCUGCCGGAAGCAAUCACACCGUAAUUUUGACGACUAAGGGCAUCGUUUACACUUUUGGAAACUAUCAAAAAGGUCAGUUGGGCAGACUUCCGGGUGAAACUAACCUUGUGGCGGGACAGGAACCGUAUGGUAUAUCGUCCAACAAUAUGGCAAAUCGGAUGGAUCAAUCGAAUGAUAAGGGAAGCGUCGCAGAUAUCCUGAUGCAGCGGCAAAAAUUCCUGUGGAAUUGUUCUCCUGGAGCCGUGACCGGUAUCGGCCCCUCCACGGGCAAGAAGGCAUCGUGGAUCGGGGCCAGCGGCGACCAGACGUUCGUCAAGGUCGACGAAUCGCUCGUGAACGCGUCGAUGCUGUCCAAGUUCAGCGUGGUGGCAGAUAAAAACACCAUCCUGUUGAUCCCGAAUAGCAACUAUCAGCUCAACUGCAUCGCCAUCAAUCGGCGCAAUGGAAACUGCAAAGCUCACAACGAGAACCAGUUUGACUUCAAAACCAUCGUCAACAGGGUCGACGAGGGGGGUUUGAACGCCGCCCGAAAACGUCCGAAAGUACAGCAGCCGGCGCAGCUUCCUGGUGCGGAAGCGUUGCUGGAGAACCAGCCAGAGGCGUUGGCUUUGUCGGAGAUGGAUAUUGGUUACGAAUCCAAGUAUGGCGCGGCGGAUACUAGUAAGCAUCCCACCGUUAGCUUGGCGUUUGCCGUUGAUCCGUGCUUCAAUAUUUUGUGGGGUUUUGAUAGCGUGUCCAAAACAAUGAUGUUCUUCAAUGUGAUUGCGUCGGAAAUUUCACCAAGCGCAGAGCACGCAAAGGACUUGGUCGCCCUGCUGACGCCGGAAAUUGCAUUACCGACUCAUGAAGACGCUGAAGUCACCCGGUACCAAGCAUCGUUGAACAUUUUAGCAACGCUGGAUAUUUUGACGACCAACCAGAAAAUGCUCAAAACCUGCUUCCUGCCCUCAGACGUGAGUCUCAAAGUGAACCUGGACGGCAAGGACAACUGCGAGUACAACACCGUGUGUCGUUUCGAGAACUUUGGUGGAGGAUGGGGCUACUCGAGCUACAGCGUUGAGGCCGUACGCUUCAUGUGCGAUGCUGACGUUAUCAUUGCCGGUUUCGGUAUGUACGGAGGUCGUGGAGAGUACACGUGCAAGCUAAAGCUGUUUGAUCUGGGUUAUGAUGGUGGAACCAACGAAAAGGAUGGCGUUCUGAUAUCCGAAGUCGAAGAAGUGCCCUUUGAGUGUCCUUCAAAGUGUAAAUUCAACAUCACUCUACCAAGUCCGGUGACAAUCAGCGCAGAACGGUGGUACCUGGUUCUGGCCAAGAUCUCCGGCCCAUCGUCCGACUGUGGCUCGUCGGGGCAGUCUUCGGUCACGACGUCCGACAAUGUCACGUUCCACUUCAAGACGUCGAAGAAGGCGAACAACGGCACGAACGUCAGCUCGGGACAGAUUCCGUCCAUUUUGUACCGGGUCAUAUCGCAAAACAGCAAGGCCGUGUUUCCGACGGUUUCGAGCGAGCCCGUUUGCAAGCUGACGAAAAAGUUUGCCAACACGCUCACGAAAGAUUGCUUCGAGAGCUUGGUCAUGCUGCUGAACUGGUCGUGGAGUUCGUUCAAAAUAUCGACCACCGAUCUGCUGGAGACUCGCAAGGCGAACCAGAAUGCAAUUUCGCUCAACAGACUCGUUUACAUUUGCAAGGCAAGUUUGCGUCUACUGAGGAAGUAUAUAAACGAGAUUUAUCCGUACAAGGGAUUCAACAAUAGUGAAAAACCAAACAACAAAGUUAAAACACUUGGUCCACGGCAAGACUCUAAGCAGGACAAGUCACCGAAAAGUAAAGUCUACGAAGUGAACGGACUCAUCUCGUCGGUGGAGAGCAAAACCGACCUGCUCAAGGUGAACGAUAUCAACAUUAUGGAGAUCAACACGCCAAUGUCCAACAAGAAGAUUGCAUCCGAGAGCAUCCAGCUGGCGGAAUGUAUCGGCGAUGUUCGAGCGCUACUGACGCAGAUACUUUGUGAUGAACUGCCAUAUCAGUCCGGAAACGAUAUCUGUACAAUGAUUCUGGACGUGCUGGAUGAAUGUCACAAAACGUUUGUUAGCUGCUUCAACGCGUUCUAUCCUACGUCAUUCCUCAAGUGGAACUGUAUUUGCAACCUGUUGGCACAAAUAGACAAGGGGAUCCUACACUCCCGCUUGCUCAGCGGUGUGCUGGCAGGAUUGUGUGAUCCAAACAUCAAUCUGCGGUCGACGUUCUCGAUGCUGUCGCCCAACGUGGAGUACAAAUCGCUCACGAGUCCCAGCGAUAACUUGGGCUUUCCGAUGCUGGUGAGUUCGGAAAACUACCAGUACCCGAUCCUGGUUGAGCAGAUGCUCUACCGUACGCAGAAGGAGAAAACAAUCACCUGCAACUCGUGGACUUUUAAGGACGUGCUGAGCCGCUUGCUUGACAUCAUCUCCAAACCGAUUCGGUUGAAGAUUGAGAACAUUUACAACAAUCAAAGUACGGACAUUUAUAAUGGUGAUGGGAUGAAGCAACGCUUGAACAACAAUUUGAUAACCAACUCGUGUCGGUUGCUGUCGAAAAUGUUGGCUGAAAUUAUCUACCAAAAUUGUACCAUUGAUAACGAAACAGCGAUCGUCCCUUCGAAUAUUCUCCAUUCCAGCGGAAAUCGUUUUGCAAAGGUCGAUGUAAGCAAAACCUGGAACACGGGUAAUUUCGGGCCGGACGCGAUUGCGUUCACCGUUGAUCGUCCGGGAAUUUCCAUUGCGGGAGCUUGUGUUUAUUCCGGAUCCGGUAGCUACGAAUACCAACUGGAACUGCUGUACGAUAGUAUGGAGUCGAAAAGCCAGCUUCAGCACAAAUGGGAAGUGAUCGAGUCCGUCGUGGGUGCUUACGAGCAAAGCAUGGUGAAAAACUUUAUGACGGAGAUCAAGUUCGAUCGUGCCGUCAACAUAAAGGAGAACGUACGAUACGCGCUGCGACUGUGCUCUCAGGGAGCUCGAACGUGUUCCGGCGAUGGAGGCUUUGCGGCCAUUCGUGGACCGUGCGGAGCAACGUUCAAGUUUUAUCCGUGCGAUCUCAGCUUCAACGGGACGACUCCGGCUCGCGGACAGAUUCCUAGCAUCCUGUACUACAGUAUUCCGUCCAUUAACGAUAGCUAUUCGGGAAAGUGCAGCAAGGAAUCCCACGCACGGGAUAUCGCUUUGCACAUCUCUACUGAUGUAACCUCCCGGUGCAAGGAUCUGUUGAUUCACGCAAGAAACGCAAUUGCAUUUUCGUCGACUUCAAGCGAUAAGAGCUCCAAUUCUUCGCACAACACACAUACCAUCGACUCGGAGCAUAACAUAACGCCCAUCGAGGAGCAUUUAGACAUUGCUUGGAUCAACAACUCGGACAUUGCGAACGUCAACAACGUGACAAGCGCCAAUUUUGAUCAUAACAAUACAUCAACCGCUAAGGACAUUACGAAACGCAUAGAAAACUUUUCAAAAGGUAUCAUCGAAACGCUAAAGUUUGACAAAAAGUCACGCAACUCGAUUGACUUUGAUAUCGAGAUUGAAAUUGGUGCCGAGGAGAUCACGCCGAAUGAUUACAUAGACGAUCGAAACAACAAGUUGGACUCGAUCUCGAAUGGGAAUUCUUCCGGAGUCGGAAUGCAUAGCAAAGCUGAAAACUUUUCAAUAUUGAACGACGCUGGAAGUGACGUCGAAGAGUUCAACCAUCAGCUCAAUCAAGAACGCAUCAUCCAACUCUUCUCCGCUGACGAUUCGUGCCUAUUUACAAUGCUGCUACCCCUGACGUUUGCUCACAUCGGUCCGCUGGUCUGCAGCAAUCUCAAAAGUUCCGUCGAAGUUCUGAGUCUCAUUCGCGCCAUCCUGCCGCAUGUGUCCGCGCUAAAUCAGAUCAACAAUUUCAAGCUGUACGAUAAACCGGAACUAGAGACAUCACGCAAGACUGCGACCGCAGACCAGAACGAUCUGUGCACGACCAGCCACUACUACUGCAUCGUCGAGAGUGAACAUCCGUACAAGUCCAGCACGGUGGCAAACUACCGCGUAGAGUUCCCCGCGAGUGUUCGCUGGAUAACCAUCGAGUUCGAUCCGCAGUGUGGUACGGUCCAGCCGGAGGAUUACGUCCACGUAAAGAUACCGCAGUAUUCCGAGCGAAGCUCGGAGCAGGCUUUCGUCAACGACAACCACGCUGCGUCGUUGGCAUCGGCUACUUGCCCACGAAAGAGCAAGGAGGUCAAGUUUGAAAGCAACUCGAAACCGUCCAAUUGCAGCCAGAAGGAUGAGCAAAGCGAGAUAGAUUGGACGAUUAUUAAGAAGUUUAACACAUCCUCAAACUGGAAUAGCAACGCCAUCGUGCUGCCUGGCAACAAGCUGGAGAUUUCGCUGGAAACGGCCUCCACGUACGUGCGCGAGCACAAAGGCAACAAGUACGGCUUCAAGUGUCUGAUCAUCGGGUACGACAACAAAAACCAGAUGAAGUAUCCGAGUACGUCGUUGAUACACCUCGAGUACGAACUGUCCUACCUUGGGGGCUUGUGCAGUGCAAACCUGCUGAAGAAGGAUCUCAUAUUUUCUGAUGACAUAACGGAGAACAUUGCUAACGUCGAGGAAACGCUGAACAAGCAUACGGCUUUGUUGUCCAAAGGAUUGAUGGUGUCGGACACGGUGCUGACUAUCGGUAAUGCACUGGAGUCUAAUCUACCAAUUACUGAGCAAAGCUAUGAAAAGCAGUUCCUCAAGGAUUUUAUUUACGUCGCGGCGGGUUCCCCCGGGGCUCGGCUGGCUGCCUGGCUUCAACCCGAAUCUCGGCUGGACCCGAACAAGUGCGAGAUCAAAAUGUCGCAAGAACCGCUGCGUUGCGGUUGGCCUUCGCAUUUCAUAAUCGAAACACGCGACCAGUACGGCGACGAGAUCUUCGUCCCGGGAAUUAAGAUCGAAGUGAAAGCCUCCCUCGGCAGCAACCUUAUCUCGGAGGGCAAUCGGAAGAUGCACAUGAAGUCCCGCAACGACUCGCUGUAUCUGGGCGGGGCCGCACUGCCUCCGAAAAUCGGCUACGAGUGCACCUUUAAGGAGAAAGAAAAGAGCUGCCUAAAGGCAAUUACCGCAAUGAAACCAUAUCAGCCGUACUCGUUCGAAGAGUUGCGUUACUGUAACACGAUCCAAAGCAAAACCACCGAGAUCCUGACCGCAAACGAUCUAGGCAACAACACGUACGGGGUGUUCUGGACGCCGAGCGUUCCCGGGAACUACAGUCUGACCAUCACGAUCGAUGGGGUUUGCGUGGAGGAAAUCUAUCGCGUCGACGUGAUUGAUGCCGGACUGCCGCCGUUGUCGCAGGAAACCACACUGAAGAAGGUGCAGCCGCCGACCAAGCUGAGGAAGUUUAUCGCGAAAAAUUCGGCCGGAUUGCGCGUCCGGUUGCACCCCACGCUGCAGUCGGACCAGAUUGGGAUAGUGAAGCUGAACGGUAUCGUCUCCUACAUCGACGAGAUGGAGAACGACGAUGGUUUGUGGGUGCGGCUAUCGACGGAAUCAAUCCGUGAGCAUUGCACCUCCAGCUGGUUCCCAACGGAAGCGUGGUGUCUGCAGUACAACCAGCACCUGGGCAAGACACUCCUACAUCCGAUCCUGGAGUCCAGCUCAACCAAAGCUUUGAUGGAACAGGUAGAUCAAAGCAGUCCCACAACUUCUGAUGCAAAUGAAGAAAAUGAGAAUACCAUUGAUUAUUUUGAUUUUAUGAAGACGGAUCGUCCCACCGACGAGGCGUCAUCCGCAAACGAUGGCGAGGAACUGGUCGCCGCCGCUAAGCUACUCCAGAUCACAGAGCAACCUCCAACAACAGAUGAAAGUCCAGCCAAUGCGGCGGCGGCUGCGGCCGCGGCGGCAAACAUUAACAUUGCCAACUUGAACCAAAGCAAUAUUGGAGCCGCAAUCGCGGGCGUUGUUGGCGGCGGGGCCAAAAAGAUGCAAGCCCUCCAGAAGUGGCUCAAGGGGGACAGCUUCGAAGAGAAUGAAUCUCCCCGGAAGCGCAAAAGUGAGGGCCACGAUCCAAGAAGUCUGGGAAAUCGAUCCUUUGACCGCAGCCGAAGCGUUAGCCCGGAGAUCUUUUCACUGAGGAGGUGUGACUCGUCCAGUAGUAACAAAUCCGAUACCUCAAAGAAUUUGCAGUACAAAAGUGUAUCGAAAUCGGAUGGCAGUAUGGAUGACCGCAAAUCUCCAGAAAAUCUCGCCGCUCCAGAUGGAAACUUCUCCACCAGCAUUCCGCCGUUCAACAGCAAAUCGCUGAAAAUCGAAUCCAAAGAACUGCCCAAACGUGCCCUUUCGCCAUCGAUCGCCGAAACUCUACGCGCCGUAUUUUCCGCCUUUCUCUGGCACGAGGGACUCGUCCACGACGCCAUGGCUUGCGCGUCCUUCCUCAAGUUUCAUCCCAGCAUUUCGAAAAAGGAGAGCGAGAAUAUGCCCGUUGGAAAUCCACACGAGCAUCUCCUGACUAGGGAGCAGAAGGUGUUACAGCGUCACUCAGUUGAGAUUUCGAAUGCCGGGACUUAUUUGAACAUUCGACCUUCGACGCUGGAAACGCUGGCCAAGAUUGGAAACUGUUGCGUGCACAACAGAAAGUUGCGCAAUCGAAAUGCGGACAUUUUCUCUUCUAAAGAUGGCGAAUAUCCACAACCAAGUGCGCUGCCUCCCGCGUUACGGUGCCUCGUGUACGUCUGGGAUCAGCUUUGCUGCAAUUUCAUACACUUGGUGGAGACCAACUCCAAUGAUAAGGAAAAUGAUUUUAGCUCGCUCAAGUCGAACAAAUCGACUGAGGAAAAGUCGGCCAACAACCCGAAAGCCGCAAACCAGAAAAAGGUCGAGGACGGCUGUUGGUGCGAGUUGUGUGACGUUUUCCUGCCGAUUCCGGUUACGUAUCACAUGCGGAUCGUUCAUCCAGGCUGUGGCAAGUACGCCAAAGGAAAGGGUUACAACUCGAUUGGCGUGUACUGCGAGGGAUGGGCCGGGAACUGUGGCGACGGUGGCCAGGGCGUGUCCAGCUGGUAUCUCAUGUGUGAAAAAUGUAGACAAAAAUAUGUCAACACAGCUAAAGUGUCGAACAAUGUCAACUUUAACGGUGCGAAUCAAACAGGUGGAAAGGGGGAAGGUGGUUCCAACAUUUUGCUAGGUUUUGGAGCGGAAUCCACAAUUCCAUCUGAGCUGUUUACCAUAAUGAAGGAGAAUUCUUUUUUCCUGCUCGAACUGAACUCUUACAACGGAGGGCUUAUCAACAAAUCCGCAAACGGCACUUCAGAUGCAGCUGCAGUUCAUGAACAAUCAACUAGCAGCAGAUAUAAGAACGUUGAUUUGAAUGAUUCGUACGAUUCGAGCUAUUACUUUGACGAUAAAAACAUUCACUGGAGUGGUGGUGAACUAAUGUGGCCACCACCAGAACUGCUCGCUAGCAUGGAAACCCUCGGGGCAAAAACUAACAACGAUCUAACCUGCGACUUGCUUGGGAUGAAUCUUGGUGAUAUGCAUGCUUACGAUUUUAAGGUAAUCGAAGACCUCUCGAUGGAGGCGGCUGAUUCGUACAUGAAAAACAUCCAAACGUCGCCGGCAAUUCCGUCCACGAGUAAGUUUCAUCGGAGCUUCUCAAUGGGCCAGGGUUGGAACACACCACAGAAUAAGCUCGCCACAGAGUACAAUCCGGUGGGAAAGGGCGAAAUUGGUGGCAAGGGCGAUGGUCCCUGCAAUGUGGUUAUGAGGCGUAAAAAGCAGUGCACGUGUACGAGUGGGGACUCGAAUCUUCUAAACUAUCCUUCGGUUAAUUUGCAAAAACUUGUUCCGGAGCACUUGUUGAAUAACAGUUUGGUUAAAGAAAACAUUCCCAACAGUAGAAGUAAAAACAAAGUGAACAACAAGAUCAAUGAUAAGAACAAUCUUCAGACAAAUCCCCGCGCGACACUGCUGGCGAGUGGAAAGAGACCGGAGGAAAUAAAUUUCUCGGAGUUCCUCGAGAUGUACCACAGCAACGCUCGAGAGAGCAGCGAGAAGCUGAAGAACGUUGAUGAAAAGUCGGACGGUUCUGGAUCGGGUAGUUCGGGCAACUCGGCAUAUAAGCUUGAUGUUCAGGCGGGAGCUCUGUCACUGCUCAAUCGUCCGUCGAUGAUUUUUAUGCUGGAGAAGCAUGACCUGAAAAAGCUUCGCCAUUUGAUGACCCGGAAUCUGCGGAAAACAAUUUGCAACAUUUACAGCUUGCAAGCCCUAAAUUGGCUGCUUCGAUCCGUGACGCAACCGAUCGGACUGCACGACAUCAUGUGGUGGUUCAUUUCAUCGCUUUCGUACUCGACACACGACUGCGAGGAUGAACCCAAGCUGGACGAGGGAGUGCUUGGUCUGGAACAUCCGGGCUCGAACCAGUUCAACGGACCACUCUCGCAAACGCUCUCCCAAAGUUUGCACUCGCUGCUGCACACCAUUGCGGAUCUAACGCUGCUCCUGCCGUCGGGAUCGUCCUUGCAGAAGACUGCCGUCCAGUGUUUUGGGUUGAAGUUCAAACAAUCCGACCACCAGUUCUUGCACCGGUCGCACGUUUUCGGGAACAUUUCGAAAAUUUUGUCGAAAUCCGAGGAGCAGAACGAUGAAAAUCUGCUUCCGUCAGUGGCCAUGUUCAAUUCCUACUCGAAUGCCGUCGAUGUGUUUACGGAGGAAUGCAUCCGGAUCAGCAUGCUCAGCGAUAUUACGGAGAUUUUCGAUCUUGUAGUUUCAUCGCGACCUGCGUUGGCAAAUUCGUUGAUAGACAACUCGACGGAGACAUUCUGGGAAAGUGACGAGGAGGAUCGGAACAAACCUAAGAUCAUCGAACUGACUAUGAAUCGAACCAAUUACCACUGCAAGGUUAUCUGUAUUCACAUCGACAACAGUCGGGAUAUUGGGAACAAAGUGUCCAGCAUCCUUCUGUACGGAGGCAGCUCGUUUGGCGAAACAUCACUCCUGAAGACCAUUGACGUCGAUCCACUUGUGUGCAGCUGGAUUUCGGCAACAAUCUCCGACGACGAGUGCACCCAUUACCGGAUGGAAUUCCGUGGCCCGGAAGCGACCCUCCGCGUUCGUCAGAUUAAACUGCUUGGCUACACGGCCGAAGACAAAGCUUCCCAGUUCAAGCAUAACCUUAAACACACUAGCGCCAAUUACAUCCAGCAGAAAAACUGCGAAGCAGAAACGCUGCGUGUUUUCCGUCUACUAACGGGACAGGUGUUCGGGAAGCUAAUUCUCGAGAGUGGUAAAAAUUUCGGUGCAAACACCCCGACUUCGUCCAAGAUCACCGAAUCAACCGUCAUCUCUUCCUCAACGGAGUCGCUCGAUUUACGCGAGCACAUGGUCGGCAUUUUGUUUAGCCGUAGCAAGCUGAGUCACCUCCAGAAGCAGAUCAUCGUCCACAUUGUGCACGCCAUCCAGAAGGAAGCGCUGCGCUCACGGGAAGAGUGGGAGCACAACGUCAUGUUCAGCGCGGACAAUGAAACCGACUUUGAGGAGAAUCUCAAGCUGAACGACACGUACUGCUUUGAAAUGCUCAGCAUGGUGCUGGCGCUGUCCGGAAGUGCCGUUGGUCGAUCGUAUUUGUCACACCAGCACGGUCUGCUGAAGGAUUUGUUCUCGCUGUUGCACACAGGGAGUGAUCGCGUCCAGAGGCAGGUCACGGCGCUGAUCCGGCGCAUUUUACCGGAAAUUUCACCAGAGACGCUGUGCGAGCUGCUUGGAGUGGAGAAGGUUCCGGAGAUUGACUUUAAUCUGCUCAGUCAGAACAAUGAGAUGUUUAAUAUGAACAAAUGUGGUAUUUUGGACAUUUUCCUAGCCGUAAUUGCGAAAGCCCUUCAGGUGCAGAUCAAGGUGAAGAACAACUCGAACAAAAAUCCACCAACCAUGAAGCUGUGGCGAUACAUGAACAUUUGCAAAAUUGACGACUAUGAAAAGUCCACGCUAAACAAGCUUUCGAUGACUAAUUCCCAAUUCAGCAACGCUGAAUCGGACCGCCCGGGUGGUGCUACUGGCCAAAGGGACAACAGCCCGGCGGUGGAGCAGUACGACUUUGAGGGCUCGUCAUCGGAAUUCCUAGAUGACAAAACCAACGACGACAAUUCGGUUGACUUUGACGGCGUUGGAGCGGUGUGCUCUUCGAAGCCGGGCAUUCGGAUCGAGACGGUCGGGGUGAAGCCGCGGUGGUUUUUGAACGGAACAAUUUCGUCCAAACAGGCGGAUAAUAUUAUGACUUUGAUUCGCGACAUGGCGCAUGGUAAACUGUCGGAAAAGUGGUCACUCAUCACGAAGGCUGCCAUCGCGGAGUGUAUUCUGAACAUAACGAGGCUUUCGGACGUUUAUCGGGUGCCGGAGACGUGCAUGACGACUCCGACACUGUGGCUUGCGCUGGCCAGUUUGUGCGUCCUGGAUCGUGACCACGUGGAAAAAUUAUCGUCCAGCCAGUGGUCAAAACAGUCCGAGUCUCGGCCGCUUUGCUCAAAUCACGACGAUGAUGUUACGUACGCCAUGAUCAUCUGCAGCUUGUGCGGUUCGCUGUGCUCCGAUUGUGACCGGUUUCUGCACUUGAACCGAAAGACCCGAAAUCAUUAUCGCACGGUUUGCAAAGAGGAAGAGGAGGCCAUUCGGGUCGAGCUGCACGAAAGCUGUGGCCGGGCCAAGCUGUUUUGGCUGUUGGCGCUUGUCGACUCGAAAACGCUCAAGGGAAUGCUCGAAUUUCGCAAUGGAAACAACACGCUGGUUUGUGAUCCGCCAAACGCCGCGAUUGGCGUGUGCCGGUUUUGCGGAGUGACUGGCAGCACCGGUCUGUUGGCAGUGGGAAAUGUUUGCGUGGACCAGCAGUGCCAGGAGUACGCGGCAAGUGCUUGUGCGAAAAUCCAUCCGUGUGGCCAUCUGUGCGGUGGAAUCGUCAACGAGGAAAAGUGUCUGCCAUGUUUGCAGCAAAAGUGUCUCACGUCCGAGGGUAAGGCCAGCAGUGGCAGCGGAGCGGAGCAACCGAAGUUAACGCAGGACGCGGACGACAUGUGUAUGAUUUGCUUCACUGAGGCCCUCUCGUCGGCUCCGUCCGUUCAGCUGGACUGUGGCCACGUGUUUCACUUCCACUGCAGUAAGGCGGUUCUGACCAGGCGGUGGAACGGGCCGCGCAUUAGUUUCGGGUUUUCACAGUGUCCCAUCUGCAAGAUGGACAUUCAGCAUUCGGCGCUGGCGGAAAUAUUGGAUCCGAUCGUUGCGUUGAAAGCGGAUGUCAAGCGAAAGGCGUUGAUGAGGCUCGAGUACGAAGGCCUGGCCAAGAAUCUCGAUAGCAAGGAUCUGUCCACUUACGCUAUGGAACGCUACGCUUAUUACGUUUGCAGCCAAUGUGAAAAGGCUUAUUACGGUGGCGAGGCUCGGUGCGACGCCGAGCUGGGCGAGAACUACAACCCCCAGGAGCUGGUAUGUGGCGGAUGCAGCGAUGUGGUCAAGGCCAAGAUGUGUCCCAAGCACGGGACCGACUUUCUCGAGUACAAGUGCCGCUACUGCUGCUCAGUGGCGGUCUUUUUCUGCUUCGGCACGACACAUUUUUGUGACACGUGCCACGACGAUUUCCAGCGGCUGACUAACAUUCCGAAGAACAAACUGCCAAAGUGCCCGGCGGGUCCCAAGGCAAAGCAGCUGAUUGGGGAGGAGUGUCCGCUGCACGUUAUUCACCCGUCCACCGGGGAGGAGUUUGCCCUGGGCUGCGGGAUUUGUCGCAAUGCUCACACAUUUUAGGGGUUUGUAU